UGCCAGGUGUAUGGUUAGAUGUUUUCGGACAAUCGGAUUAGUCUCAGAUCAAUCUAACAGAAUACUUGUGAUCCACCGUUUAUAACAAGGAAACCGCCGUCGCCGGAUCUGGGAGUGUUGAGGUAAUCCACGAAGGAGACGAUUCAGAUCUUAGAAAGGAGUUUCUGUACAAAAAAUUGAAGGGUCGAUUUUGCGGUUUUCUUCUCAAUUCGACGGUUUGCAAAACGAUGAGGAAGAAGCUCGAUACUCGCUUCCCAGCUGCUCGAAUUAAAAAGAUUAUGCAAGCUGACGAGGAUGUUGGCAAGAUAGCUUUGGCUGUGCCUGUCUUAGUUUCGAAAUCUCUGGAAUUGUUCUUGCAAGACCUUUGUGAUCGUACAUAUGAGAUUACCCUUGAGAGAGGUGCCAAGACCGUUAGCUCAUUGCACCUAAAAAAUUGUGUGGAAAGAUACAACGUGUUUGAUUUUCUGAGAGAAGUUGUGAGCAAAGUCCCUGACUAUGGUCAUGCGCAAGGGCAGGGCCAUGGUGAUGUUACCAUGGAGGAUCGCAGCAUCUCCAAGAGAAGGAAGCCCACCAGUGACGAAGUGAAUGACAGCGACGAGGAAUCCAAGAAAAGCAAAACACAAGAGAUGGGGAAUGCUAAGCCCAGUGGCAGGGGUAGUAGAGGGAGAGGACGAGGAAGAGGACGUGGUGGACGAGCAGCCAGAGCAGCGGAAAGAGAGAAUCUGAACAACCGUGAGAUGGAACUUGAAUCCUCCAUGGUUGAACAGAAACCUCCUCAAGACAGUAUUCAAAUGCAUGUGUCAGUGUCAUCACCACAAGAGAUUGAGAAGGAGGACGGCAUUGCAGCAUCAAACGAAGACACCAAGCAGCAACUCCAAACUCCAAAAGAAGGCAUUGACAUUGAUCUCAACGCUGAAUCUCUCAACCUAAACGAGACUAAACCGGCACCAGUCGCAGCCACUGACACAGCCACGGCCUCGGAGGAAUAUACUUGCUGGUCUAUGGAGUUAGGCACAAUAGAUCCAGCACAGUUUGCAAGUUUGGGUAAGAGGAUAGACGAGGACGAGGAAGAUUAUGACGAAGAAGUUUAAGGCAAAGCAGCACCAAGUAGGAUUUAAAUAGAGUAGUUUGUCUAGAAAAUGCUUCUUCUUCACUGUUUCCAUGUAUUGUAUUAAGAAUCCUUAUUUAUUUAUCCUGAUAUGUUAUUUAAGA